CCGCCAAUUUUUUUCCUUUUAUGGAGUGAUAUUUCCGUUGGACGCCGGGUAAUCGUGAAAACGCCAUUCUCAAGUCUCCGCCGUUUGAGGAAGGGUCAUUAUACUCCUGUACCUUAAUCGGUUGAAUUUCAUCUCAAAUUACUAACCAUGCGUGAGUGCAUUUCCAUCCACGUCGGUCAGGCCGGAGUCCAAAUUGGCAAUGCCUGUUGGGAGUUGUACUGCUUGGAACAUGGCAUCCAGCCUGAUGGUCAGAUGCCUUCUGACAAAACUGUUGGUGGUGGGGAUGACAGUUUCAACACCUUCUUCAGUGAAACGGGAGCAGGGAAACAUGUUCCACGAGCCGUUUUUGUGGAUCUCGAGCCAACAGUAGUAGAUGAGGUUCGAACCGGCACAUACCGGCAACUGUUCCACCCAGAACAGCUGAUUACGGGAAAAGAAGAUGCUGCCAACAACUACGCUCGAGGACACUACACCAUUGGGAAAGAGAUCGUCGAUGUUGUCUUGGAUAGGAUCAGGAAGCUUUCUGACCAGUGUACUGGACUUCAAGGCUUUUUGAUCUUUCAUUCGUUUGGUGGAGGAACUGGCUCUGGGUUUACUUCUCUUUUAAUGGAAAGGCUGUCCGUGGACUAUGGAAAGAAAAGCAAACUGGAGUUCGCCAUCUACCCUGCACCCCAGGUUUCCACAGCUGUAGUAGAGCCAUACAACUCAAUCCUAACCACCCACACGACACUGGAACAUUCUGACUGCGCUUUUAUGGUUGACAACGAAGCUAUCUAUGACAUUUGCCGACGCAACUUGGACAUUGAGAGGCCCACCUACACUAACUUGAACAGACUUAUUGGUCAGAUUGUUUCUUCCAUCACAGCCUCUCUUAGAUUCGACGGUGCACUGAACGUAGAUCUCACAGAGUUCCAAACCAACUUGGUUCCCUAUCCUCGUAUCCAUUUCCCUCUGGUUACAUACGCACCAGUCAUUUCGGCAGAGAAGGCUUACCACGAGCAGCUGUCCGUAAUGGAAAUUACCAAUGCCUGUUUUGAGCCCGCCAACCAGAUGGUGAAGUGUGACCCUCGUCACGGAAAGUACAUGGCAUGCUGCAUGCUUUACAGAGGAGACGUUGUCCCCAAGGAUGUAAAUGCUGCAAUCGCUACCAUCAAAACCAAACGCACCAUCCAGUUUGUGGAUUGGUGUCCUACCGGUUUCAAAGUUGGCAUCAACUACCAGCCUCCGACAGUGGUUCCCGGAGGAGAUCUCGCGAAGGUGCAGCGUGCUGUAUGCAUGUUGUCUAACACCACCGCAAUCGCAGAGGCAUGGGCUCGCCUGGACCACAAGUUUGAUCUCAUGUAUGCCAAACGGGCUUUUGUCCACUGGUAUGUAGGUGAAGGUAUGGAAGAAGGAGAGUUCAGCGAAGCGCGUGAAGACUUGGCUGCCCUGGAGAAAGACUAUGAAGAAGUGGGAAUGGAUUCUGUUGAAGGUGAAGGAGAGGGCGCCGAGGAAUAUUAAUUGAAGUAUUCCCUGCAUACAACAUUACCUUCUUUAGCUUUUCCUAUAUAUUUUAUCAAACUUUUGUUAAAAUGCAUUCCUUUUAUACAAGUUAUACUAUACAGAACUAAAGCAUUCUGAAACAUA